UUUUAUGACAGUUACGUUUACCAAAAGAAGAAAAGCGAUGAGGCAAAGGUGAUUCCUUGGCCUUAAACGUUGCUUAUUACUGGAGCUGCAGAAAAUGCAAGAAAUUUGAAGAUAGCAACAGAUAAAGAGCGAAUCUCCUGAGAUCGAUCGAGAAGAAGAAACGAAACCCAUAAAAGAUUGCGUUUAGGGUUUGUGAUGAACAGCACAGUUGAAUAUAUAUAGCCAGCAGCCUCCAUCUUUCAGAUCUGAGAAAACCCAGAAAAGCAAGGUUGUCGGAAAUGGUGAGAGGAAAGACAGAACUGAAACGGAUAGAAAACGCGACGAGCCGACAAGUGAGCUUUUCGAAACGGAGAAGAGGGCUUUUGAAGAAGGCUUUUGAGCUUUCCGUUUUGUGUGAUUCUGAGAUUACACUCAUCGUCUUCUCCCCCACUGGAAAGCUUUAUGAGUUCUCGUCAAGUUCUUGCACUAACAAGACAAUAGAGCGGUACAUGAACAGUGCCAAGAAUUUGGGACAGUACAAAAAAUCAAGUGAAACAAGUUUGCAGCACGAAAAAGAAGAUGCUGCUGCAAUGAGUAAAAGGGUUGAGGUUCUUGAGCAGUCCAAAAGAAAGCUUUUGGGAGAAGGCUUGGAUUCCUGCUCCAUUGAUGAUCUAUACCAGAUACAAGAACAGCUGGCGAUAAGUUUAAGGAACAUUAGGGCAAGAAAGAGUUUACUAUGUAAGCAACAAAUUGAUCGACUUAGAGAAAAGGAAAAAAUAUUGGAGGAAGAAAAUGCUGAAUUGAAAAAAAGGUGCGAUGUGCAAUUGCGAUUGCACCUCUCUGAGGAAGAUGAUGAACCACAAAGGCCAUACACCGAUGUGGAGACACGCUUAUUCAUUGGGCUGCCGGAAACCACCAUACCUUUGGCCACCGGGAGAGCACAAUAAAUCAUCUCGAGUUUACGAUAUAUAUUUAGUCUUUCAAUUAUUUAUGAUCGAAUUGUAUAAAUUUAACCCUAAAUUUUUAAUAAAAUAGUGGAUAUAGCCGGUGCAAUUGACGUGGCCUCGGGUCAUAGAGAAUAAUGCACACUUGUGGUGCUUGCGUGAUGUGUAUACUGGUUAGCAGGAGUAGCACUUCAUAAUUGGCAUAAUUGUUAAACAUAUAUUAUGAACAUGUUAAAGUGUAUUAAAAAAAAAUUAGUUAACA